CCAGCUCGAUCCGGCUACCUUUCAUCUUCCCCGCCUGCUGAGGCCGUUGUUACCGCCGAUAUCAACGCCGUUGUCGUCGCCGCCCUGAGCUCUCCGCGCCCUCAGCUCGGGCCACUCAACCCCACAAGCCGGCCUCCACACAAUAUUAAACAGCUGAAGAGAUUAAACCAGGUCAUCUUUCCAGUCAGCUACAAUGACAAGUUUUACAAGGAUGUGCUGGAGGUUGGCGAACUAGCAAAACUUGCCUAUUUCAAUGAUAUCGCAGUGGGUGCCGUGUGCUGUAGGGUGGAUCAUUCGCAGAAUCAGAAGAGACUUUACAUCAUGACACUAGGAUGUCUGGCACCAUACCGAAGGCUAGGAAUUGGAACUAAAAUGUUAAAUCAUGUCUUAAACAUCUGUGAAAAAGAUGGCACUUUUGACAACAUCUAUCUGCAUGUCCAGAUCAGCAAUGAGUCUGCAAUUGACUUCUACAGAAAGUUUGGCUUUGAGAUUAUUGAGACAAAGAAGAACUACUAUAAGAGGAUAGAGCCCGCCGAUGCUCAUGUGCUGCAGAAAAGCCUCAAAGUCCCUUCUGGCCAGAACGCAGAUGUGCAAAAGACAGACAACUGAACAAACUACAGAUGCACUUUCUUGCACUUGCUUGUCGCCAAAUAAAAGAGAGGCCCAUUGAUUCCCCUCCCCCCUUUCUUUUAAAACUUUCCCCCUUUCUUGUUCUUACUUUUCCUCCUUUCAAAACUUGCUUCCCUUUCCUCUAAAAGUGUUAAACUUUUAAGGACUUAUUAAUCAUGUUUGGAUUGUUUUAGUUUUUUUAUUUUUGUGAGGUGGUUUGAUUGUAGGAAGGAGAAGGUAUAGAUCGGUUUAGUUUCACAGUUAAGGUAUAUAUGGUCCCAAAAAUCUUGAGUGUCAGUUUCCAUUUUUUUUUUUAAUGUCCUGCUUUCACAUUGAAAGGCAGAGCCUACAAAAUAUUGUAUAUUUCAAAGGACAAAAAGGAGCAGCAGCAACAUCUUGUUCUCUAACUCUUAGACAAGUUUAGUGUGUUUGUGGUACUUUGGGUUUUUAAAAGAUUUUGUGGGAUACUAAUCCCUAUACAUUGCCUUCAAUCCACCUUUUGUCCUUCUGAGUAUUAUCUCAGGAGUUGGGCCAUUGUUAUCCUUGUAAGAAAUACUAAGCUUAUUUUGUUCUGUUAAGCAAUAUUCCUUCCUUCCUUGCUGGUGGCUGAAGGUGGGUGGGACAGUUUGAAUUGGUAGUAUUAGACUUUGGUCUCAGUAUGUGAGUUAAACUGCUUUUUGCUAAUGAGUGGGCUGUUGGUUAGCAGGUUUGUUUUUCCUGCUGUUGAUUGUUAACUAGUGGCAUUAUCUUUUAGCAUAUGGGCUGGUGAGAUUAUUUUUUUUUUUUAAUAUCCCAG